CACGAUGCUCUCAUCCAGCGACUUUGCAUCUGCUUCUUGGGAGCUCGUCAUCAGAGUUGACCAUCCAAACGAGGAGGAGCAGAAAGAUGUCACACUGAGAGUGUCCGGAGACCUGCAUGUUGGGGGGUUGAUGCUCAAGUUAGUAGAACAGAUCAACAUAUCCCAAGACUGGUCAGACUUUGCCCUCUGGUGGGAACAGAAACAUUGCUGGCUUCUGAAAACGCACUGGACUCUGGACAAAUGUGGGGUCCAGGCAGAUGCAAAGCUUCUCUUCACCCCGCAGCACAAAAUGCUUCGCCUCCGUCUGCCAAACGUGAAGACAGUGAGGUUGCGAGUCAGCUUCUCAGCUGUGGUUUUUAAAGCUGUCAGUGAUAUCUGCAAAAUCCUGAAUAUCAGACGAUCAGAAGAACUUUCCUUGUUAAAGCCUUCUGGUGACUAUUUUAAAAAGAAGAAAAAAAAAGACAAAAGUAACAAGGAGCCCAUAAUUGAAGAUAUUUUAAACCUGGAGGGUUCUCCGACGACUCCAGGUCCACCAGUAAGUCCUGGCUUAUACAGUAAAACCAUGACUCCCACAUAUGACCCCAUCAAUGGAACGCCGGCAUCCUCCACCAUGACUUGGUUCAGCGACAGCCCUUUGACAGAACAAAACUGCAGCAUCCUCGCAUUCAGCCAACCCCCCCAGUCACCAGAAGCGCUGGCUGAUAUGUACCAGCCUCGGUCUCUGGUUGACAAAGCCAAGCUUAAUGCAGGUUGGCUGGACUCCUCACGUUCCCUUAUGGAACAAGGCAUCCAGGAGGAUGAGCAGCUACUGUUACGAUUUAAAUACUACACGUUCUUUGACUUGAAUCCCAAAUACGAUGCUGUCCGAAUCAACCAGCUCUAUGAACAAGCCAGGUGGGCCAUUCUCUUGGAAGAAAUUGAUUGCACAGAAGAAGAAAUGUUGAUCUUUGCAGCACUGCAGUAUCACAUUAGCAAACUGUCGCUGUCAGCUGAAACACAGGAUUUUACAAAUGAGUCUGAGGUGGACGAAGUAGAAGCUGCACUCUCUAAUUUGGAAGUGACCCUAGAAGGUGGAAAAGCAGACAGCGCUUUGGAGGACAUUACUGAUAUCCCUAAACUUGCAGAUAAUCUCAAAUUAUUUAGGCCCAAGAAGCUAAUAUUAAAGGCUUUCAAACAGUAUUGGUUCAUCUUUAAAGACACAUCUAUAGCCUACUUUAAAAAUAAGGAACUUGAGCAAGGAGAACCAGUAGAAAAACUAAAUCUUAGAGGCUGUGAGGUUGUGCCAGAUGUCAACGUAGCAGGGAGAAAAUUUGGAAUCAAGUUACUAAUCCCUGUUGCUGAUGGUAUGAAUGAAGUGUAUCUGAGAUGUGACCAUGAGAAUCAGUAUGCCCAAUGGAUGGCUGCCUGCAUCCUGGCAUCGAAGGGCAAAACCAUGGCAGACAGCUCCUAUCAGCCAGAGGUCCUCAACAUCCUUUCAUUUCUGAGGAUGAAAAACCGGAACUCAGCUUCUCAGGUGGCUUCCAGUCUUGAAACCAUGGACAUGAACCCUGAAUGUUUUGUGUCACCUCGGUGUGCAAAAAAACACAAGUCAAAGCAGCUGGCAGCCCGGAUUCUAGAAGCCCACCAGAAUGUGGCCCAGAUGCCGCUGGUCGAAGCCAAGCUGCGGUUCAUCCAGGCCUGGCAAUCUCUACCUGAAUUUGGCCUCACCUACUACCUUGUCAGAUUUAAAGGAAGCAAGAAAGAUGAUAUUCUGGGAGUUUCAUAUAAUAGGUUGAUUAGAAUCGAUGCAGCCACUGGGAUUCCAAUUACAACAUGGAGAUUCACAAAUAUGAAACAGUGGAACGUCAACUGGGAAAUCCGACAGGUGGCAAUCGAAUUUGACCAGAACGUCUCCAUCGCGUUCACCUGCCUGAGUGCGGAUUGCAAGAUCGUGCAUGAAUACAUCGGGGGCUACAUUUUCUUGUCCACUCGGUCUAAGGACCAGAAUGAGACCCUUGACGAGGACCUGUUCCACAAGCUGACUGGUGGUCAGGAAUGA